ACUAGUCUGUGGCAUAGUAUAACGAAUAACGAUACUUUAGUUUCUGAAAAAUUGUGGUACUAAAACUUUGUACUUUGAUCAAGGUGAUACUUUAAAGUGAUUUUGUUAAUUUGUUGUUUGCUCGUCGAAUACGGGUGAGGUUAACUGUUAUGCAUAAUUCUCUCGUAAGUAAAAAAGUUAAGUAACAGCUAUACCAAGUUAGAUGACCCCAAUCGCCGUUGUGAUUUCGUCUGUCGAUCGCCAUUUUGAACAAUUUCCAUAUAAGUAUUUUUCAUCAUAGAUUGUAAGUUUUAAUGGCUAAUAACACCAUGUCCGAAAACAGUAAACAAGAACCACCUUUGCAAACCAUGAGUGGUAUGCCACCGAAUCACAACCCUUGGAUGUAUGGUUUAUAUAAUCAAUACAACGGGUUUCAAGGAGGGGUGUUUUCCAAUUUUUAUAAUCAACAACAACAGUAUUAUAAUCAAAUGCCUAACGGCAACUUUCAUGAUGUACACCAAUUUGAGUCGAACAAAAAAUCAAAUCCAGAAUUUGUUCAACCACAAUUCUCAGUGCCUCCGCCACCUUUGUUAGGAAUGUCUCCACUUGAUACCAACCGACCAUUCUUCAAUCAAUCGCCAAUAAGGUUUAAUCUUAAUACUAAUCGUAAAUCGGCACCUAUUCCUCCUAAUGAAAAUCCUCUUUUAAAUAAUUAUAACAAUAACAACAGCAGUAGCAACAAAAAGAAGCGUAAAAAAGGAGGUAACCAUAAUAGGAUUGGGUCCCAAUUGCCGCCUCUACCAGACCAUCCACCACCAUUGCCUCCUUGUCCACCACCAGACGAACUUCCUAAGCCUCCCCCACCUCCACCUCCUUUAGAUGUUCCUCUGCCUCCACCUUUAGCAACAGAGGACAUUCCUGAGCCUUUUGAAGAACCCAAGGAUUCUAUUGAUACUGAGGAAACAUCAACUUUAAGUAGUAAGACAUCAAGUUUCUUACAAAAUUCAUCAAUCCAAACAUCAGCAGGAUCAUGGCCUGAAAGUUUGGAGCGUUAUAUUAAAAGGUGUUAUGAAAAAUGCAAAACAUGUUUUGAUCGUGAUCAGAUUGAUAUUUGUUUAAAAGGGAGAAUAACAGCUGCAGCAAAUAAGGAUGAAAUAUGGACUAGAAAUUGGGAUGAUGAACCUAUCCCUAGUGUGUACAGCGAAAAAAAUAAUUUACAAGUUAAACCAGUUCAAGGGACAUUAAAUCUUUAUCAAAAAAAUGAAAAUUCUCAAGUUAAUAAACUUAAGCAAAUAUUAGCAGCAAAAGCAUAUUUUACUAAAACUCCUCAAAGAAGGCGGCGUCAACACUCACACAGCAGUUCAAGAAGUCCUUCAAAAAAAAGGCACAGUACCUCAUCUGCUUCUGGUGAUGAAGUCGAGGAAAAAAAAAGCUUUAAAAAUAAGAGUAAACUGAAAGUUAAAGACCGUUUGUCAUUGGAUUCAAAAAAAAAUGAUAAGUAUCAGAAGAAGGCUAAGAAGGUUGCUUAUCAAUUUCAUAUUGAUGAAUCUCAAGGUAGUGCAGAAAAACUUCAAAAAAGAGCAGAAAGAUUUGCAAAUAGUCAUAUUCCCUCUAUUGCCAGUUCUUUACAAGUUAAUUCUAGGGAACCAAAUCCUAGGAAAUCUAUAGUUGUAGAUACUGAGGGUGAUUAUGAGCUUUAUAACAUACACAUAGUAGGUACCUGUACAGAAAUUGAAAAGUCCUUUUUAAGGCUAACUAGAGCACCAGAAGCAUGUGAGGUUCGGCCUAUUAAUAUCCUGAAGUUUUCUCUUCGAAAUGUAAAAGACAGAUGGAUUGAGAAACAGGACUAUAGAUAUGCUUGUGACCAAUUGAAAUCCAUACGUCAAGAUUUAACGGUACAAGGUGUAAGAGACAGUUUUACUGUGGAAGUUUAUGAAACACAUGCAAGAAUAGCAUUAGAAAAAGGAGAUCAUGAAGAAUUCAAUCAAUGCCAAACACAGUUAAAAAUGUUAUAUUCUGAAUUGCCUAAUAGCAGAGCAAAUGCAGCUGAAUUUACUGCAUAUAGAAUUUUGUAUUACCUUUUUACUAAAAAUACUUUAGAUUUAACCACAAUAUUUAAGUUUUUAUCUAAGGAGGACAGAGAAAAUGAGUGUAUAAAGCAUGCGCUAAAUACUCGAUGUGCAUGGGCUACUGGCAACCUACACAAAUUUUUCUUGCUAUACAAAACAGCUCCACUCAUGGCUGGCUAUCUAAUGGACUGGUUUGUGGAGAGAGAACGGAAGCAAUAUCUGAAAUACAUCAUUAAGUCCUACAGACAAAGUGUUCCUGUGGACUUCAUCACUCGGGAGCUGGCGUUUGACUCACCUUCUAAGGCUUCUGAAUUCCUAAAUCAGUUUCCACUAUCUUACACUGGUUGUGACCAGACUCAAAUAGAUUGCAAAGCCAGCCUCCCAGCUGUUGCAAAUAUAUAACAUUUUCUGUUUGACAGCCGUCCUGUAAUAGUUUCGUAUUGCGUGAUUAUGUAAAGCUUACAUAGUCACAGGUCACAGUUUUGCAAUGAAUCUAGACCACAUCAUUAUGCACAUUGGUUUUGCUAGGCUGCGGCGGCGAAAGCAUCACAUAAUAAUCUUAAGUUGUUCAGCAGAAGAUUGAAAAGCGGUUCAAGGUGUCAAGGACUUUAUGUUAUUGAAGAUUUGCUAUGCAUGCUGUGAAGAAAUUCCAUAUUGGGAGGUUCUCGUAUCAAGACAUUAUAAAGUGCUUAGUAAAGUAAUACAGUUUUAAGUAAAAUUAAUGGACAAUGAUUUAAAUAUUGUACAUAUUAAUGUUUUUUAUUGCUUUUUAAUAGUUCAUUAUUAUUGAUUGUAAGAAU